CUGAUUACUAUAAUCGUGUUGCAUUCAUUUCCCUUAUGCGCAGGCACACCAUUUCCCUCCACUAAUAUCAGCAGUGAAUAUUUUAGUAGCUGAUGGCCACCUCAUUAGUCCUGGACUGACUUUUUUGGUGUGCGCAACAGGAAAUAUCUUGCUCUCGGAAAACAAGAAAAAUAGGUUUAUUUGCAUUACGCUUAUUCAUUUGUGCAGUUAUCCAGUGUCUGCCCUUUGUUUUCAGCAUGUCUCUAUCGGAAUACACCUACUUUUCAAAGAAAAUUGAAGCUUUUGUUUUUUUUGUGGCCACACGCACUUGCACCUUGUUUAUUUGGCCCGUGUUGGCCUGUGAGUGUGACAGGCUUGGCUUAGAGACUUCCGGACUAAUGGUGAGGACGGAAGAGGCUGCAGAAUGAGUCCUGAUGGUGCCAGGACGUCAUCCGAGGGAUUUAUCACGAACCAGGCCAGCUGUUCACAAGCGGGAGAGCAUCUCCCCCACGCUGAGGCCAGAUGCGCAGGCAGUUUCCAGAAGCUUCCCAUGGCUCUUGCAACUCCGCACACAGCCCUGCUGUGAGAAUGUGCCGGGGCUCAGUGAUGCGUGCAGGCUCAUGUGAGGCGUCGGCCAGGCGGGCUUGCCUGUCAGACCUGCUGUGCAGCUCAGACCGCCCCAGCGUCCCUUCUGCAGGACCAGGAAGCGCAGCAUGGAGCCGGUCCCGCGGAGAGCAGGUCCGGCCAUGGCGGAGCUGCACCGCACGCAGUCCUCGCUGGCAGCCCUGGACGAGGAGACGCUGUGGGAGGUGACGGAGAGCCACCGCCCCAGGAUCGUGCGCCGCAUCUGCCCCAGCCGCCUCACCCCCUACCUGCGCCAGGCUAAGGUGCUGGGCCACCUGGCCGAGGAGGUGCUGCCCAGCCCCGGUUCACCAACUCAGCCAUGAGAAUCGGUGAGCCUGGGGGGGGGGGGGGGGGCGCGACCCUGUGUUAGUUUCUCUGGGGCCGCCCUAACAAACGACCACAAAAUCGGUGGCCAGGGACCGCAGAACUGGGUUCUCUCACAGUUUGGUGGCUGAAGGUCAGAAGUUAAGGUGUGGGCAGGGCCCCCUCCUUCCGGUGGCUCCAGGGGAGGACCCUUCCUGCCUCUUCCAGCUUCUGGUGGCCCCGUCGCUCCAGCCUCGGCCUGGUCUACAUGCCCUCCCUGCGUCUCUCUCUCUCCUGACACUUGCCCUUGGACAGGCCCCCCGCUCACGGGUCACACCAGUUACACCUGCAAAGACCCUUCCUCCAAGUCAGGUCCCACUGGCCGGCUCCAGGCAGACACUCUUGGGGGCCAGCCCACCUGUUCCAGCCCAACUGACUGUUUAUUCAUGAAAGCCGGGAAGCUCAUAGCAUCACCAUAUCAGCUUCUUAGGAGAAUUGAGUCAGUUUCUAAGAUACUUGUCUCAAAGCCCGGUCAGGGCCGGGUGGUGGAGAGCAGGCGGUGGGCGGUAGCUUCUGACAGGAUACUU